AUGCCACCGCCAUCACCAUCAUCCCUCCCAAAGUACGUCUACAAAAUCCUCUCAGAAGCGCCUCCAGAUCCACUGCCAGUCAGCCUACCGCUCUCUGCUAUUGAUGCCCAAGACGGCUUCAUACAUCUUUCCACCGCCGCACAGACGCCUGCUACUGCUGAUCGCUUCUUCUCUGCGAACAAGAAGCUGUGGGUGCUUAGGAUACCUCUGAAGCAGAUUGAGAGCAACGUGAAAUGGGAAGAGGCGAAGAGCGGCUGCUUUGCCCAUCUUUAUGGAGCGGACCUAGGGCAAAUGGAGAUUGAAGACACGAAGGCGUUCACGAGAGGUGAAAGCGAUGAUUGGACUGCCAUUCUCGAGAAGGAUGAAUGGCUGUCUUGA